CAACCGAACAAGUCAAAUCCGCGAAUGUCUAGAAUAACAGAAACUGUGCGGUCAAUCAAACCCUAGAAAAAAUUGAUAAUUAAAAUUUCCAAUUUUCAUUUCAUAAAAAGAAAUUAAUUCAUUUUCCCCCCAACAAGGUCGAAAUUCUCUGGCUUUACCAUCGCCUACGAAAUGAAAUGGGAUAUGGAGAUCGAAGAAAUCGAGGCGGUUCUCGAGAAGAUCUGGGACUUACACGACAAGCUUAGCGACGCCAUUCACUCCAUUUCGCGAGCUCACUUCCUCAAUUCCAUCAAAGCCCUCAGAAAAUCGGACAAGAAGAAGCUUUUCAACGACGUCGGCGACGAUAACCGGAACGGCUUCGUGUUCGUCAAGGACUUUAGAAUCGACGAUGGUGACUCCGCGAUUCAAGAGGCCAAGAGUCUUAAUGCUAUCAGAACCGCUCUCGAGAAUCUCGAGGACCAGCUCGAAUUUUUCCAUACUGUACAAAUCCAGCAGCAGGUAGAGAGAGAUGCUGCCAUUGCACGAUUAGAACAAAGCCGGAUAAUUCUUGCAUUGAGAUUGGCUGAGCAUCAUGGAAAGAAGUACAAAGUAAUCGAUGAAGCUCUAGCUUUUUUCGGAGAUGUGCACGAUGCCAGCCAUUAUGUCUCACCCGAAAACCUUUACUGUACAGCAAACAGUCCAUCUGGACAGAAUCUAGUGUCACACAAAGGGAAGUACUCUAAUAUGCUAAUCAAAGCUCUGGUUUCUAGCUUCAAAUAUGCAAAGAAAUCCCUGAACUUUGACCAUAUGGGUGGGAUACUAAGCAAUGCAGCUAUAUUCACAGUCAGCAUGAUAGCAAUGAUGCAUCUCCAACAGUUUGCUCUUUCAGAACAAGAAGAUAACAUCAACAACCAGAGAAAGAGUUCUCAACUCGAAGGGCCUUCAUCCUACGAUGAUUCGAGCCACUUGGAUGUGUACUUAGCCCGGGGUUAAGGUGAAGGCCUUAGAAGAAAAAGGCUUAGAAGUUAAUUCAAGGAUAGGAGGCCGCCAUGCCGUUUUUCGAAACUCGAAGAAGCUUUGCUGUCACUCAGUUCCUCCCAACAGGAGUUUCAAGAUUUUCGCUGAGCAUAUUAGCAAAGAACAAUCCUUUUUUUUAAUCUUCUAAUAUAUUGUUCUGUAGUUAGAGGUGCUGUGAAAAAUGCUGAUUGUUCUUGCUGGU